UUUAAGCCGUACUUCUUUCUUCUUCUCGUCUCUCUCAACUCGAAACCCUAAUUGACGUAUUCGAUUUUAGGGUUUAAGAGCGAAAUCUUUUGUCUCUUAAAAACGUUUCACUACCUUAAUCCCUUCUGUCAAAGUCUUCUAUCGAUUCUCGUUUUCUGUGUUUUCCUUUCCUUGUUUUGCUUAUUCGAUCCGGCGAUCGUGUUUGGUCGGAGAUGGUGACCGGGUCUGGAACUGGCGGUAGUUUUGCGUCAGGAAUUGAUGAAAACACGAGGAAGACGAUCCGUUCAAUAAAGGAAAUCGUGGGUAAUCACUCUGACGCCGAUAUCUUUGCUGCGUUGAAAGAAACUAACAUGGACGCUGAUGAGGCUGUGCAGAGGCUGAUUUAUCAAGAUCCAUUCCACGAGGUGAAAAGAAAAAGGGAAAAGAAGAAAGAGUCUCAGGAAACGACAUCUGUGGAGCUUGCUGAGAGAAGAAAACCUUCCGAAAACAUUUCUAGAGAAGGGAAUUUUCAAACGCAGCCUGAACAUAGUGCUCGGAGAGGAGACUACAAUCAGAAUUCUUUUCCCAGGAAUGCAGCUCCUCGAAAUGCUGUUCCUAAGAAUCCCGCUGCUGGACCCAGCAGAGAGUUUCGUGUUGUUAGAGACAACAGGUCUAAUCUGAAUGCAGAUAAAGAAUUGAAGCAUACUUCCGCCCAGUCAUCUGGAUCAAAUAUUAGCGAAGAGGUUGCCAUUCGAAACAAAAAGGGCUCAUCAGGUGGUUCGGUAGAUCAGCCAUAUGGGGAUCGGGAUGUAGCUCAUAGGAGGUCCAGGCAGACUGGAAAUGUUCCUCUUCGUCGUACAAGAAAGGAACUCAAUGAGGGAAGGCAGACAGUUCAUGAUGUUACUGUGCCAUCAAGCAAUUCUGUGCUUGGUGUAUAUUCGUCCUCUGCAGAUCCUGUUCAUGUACCAUCUCCUGAUUCUAGAUCAUCAGCUGUUGGAGCUAUCAGACGGGAAGUUAAGGGUGUAGGUUUUGGUGGAAAACCUUCUGAAAAUGUUUCGGAAGAUUUGUCUGCAGCUGGAUCUUUGGUGGAGCCUGCAAUUAGAAAAGAUGUUCCAAAAGCAUACAGACCAUUUUCACCACCUAUUUCAAAGAUUGAUCAAGGCAGUCAAGCUAAUGCACGAGAGUCUGUUAUGCCUAAUCAUAGGUCUCUAACAAACAGCCAGCAUGGGAAUAGAGGCUACCAAUAUGUUAGAACACAGCAGCAAGCUGGUGGUCAUCCAAAAGGAGUUUCCCAGAAUAAACAGUGGAAGCCUAAAUCUAAUCAGAAAUCUAGUGGAAAUAACCCUGGGCUUAUUGGAACUCCUAAAAAGUCUCGUGCUCCUCCCACUGAUAAUUCCAUAAACAUGGAAUCAGAAAUUGUGAAGGUGAAGGAUAAGCUUUCGCAUGUUAGUAUCAGCGAUAGUCAGAAUCUGAUCAUUGCAGAUCAUAUUCGUGUCCCAGAAACUGUUCGCUGUCAGCUGACUUUUGGUAGUUUUGAUCCUUCGAUGAAUUCAGCAUGCUCUUCACAAGACCUUAAGCACAGUGAUAUUAAUGUCAGUUUGCCCACUCCGCCUCCCGAGGAGUCAAAUAAUGGUGCUUCUGGCACUAAGACCGUGGAAACUUUUGAUAAUGAAGUAAGAAAUUCUGGAGCUGGCUCACCGCCUCCUGUAUUGAUGGCAUCAGAACAACAAUUUUCUGAACAAAAGGAGGCUCCUAGAUCUCCGAAUUUGGAUGAGUAUGCGCAAUUCAUUAGUGGAAAUGUUCCUCCUUAUACUAUAGAACCGAAGCAGCAGCAAGAUCCUCUUGAACUGCACAAUUCUUCACAGGAUUAUGAUUCCCAAGGUGUUUAUGACUUGCCGUAUCUCAGGCAAGUAAUGGAUGAAAACAUGCGGGGACAAGGACUACCUUCUCCACAGGAGCAAUCAUUAAAUCCGCACAUGUUCAACAACGCCCCUGCCUCUACAAUUCCUAUGAUGCAGCAGCAACAGGCGCCAAUGGCACAGAUGUAUCCGCAGGUUCAUGUUUCACACUUUCCCAACGGUAUGCCGUAUCGUCAGUUCCUCUCCCCCGUCUAUGUCCCUCAAAUGCCCAUGCAAGGGUACUCUGGUAAUCCAGCAGCAUAUGCUCACCCUUCAAAUGGCAAUAGCUAUGUGCUGAUGCCUGGAGGCAGUUCUCAUCCCAGUGCAAAUGGCCUCAAGUAUGGGAUCCAGCAGUUUAAGCCAGUCCCUGGAGGUGGACCAACAGGUUUUGGGACUUUCAACAACCCUACUGGGUAUCAAAUUAGUUCACUCAAUGUAGUUGGUAAUGCUCCGGGAUUUGAAGACUCAUCUCGCAUGAAGUACAAAGACGGAAAUGUAUAUGUCCCUAAUCCUCAGGCUGAGACUUCCGAAAUAUGGAUGCAAAACUCGAGAGAUCUCUCAGGAAGUCUUCAAUCUCCCCCAUAUUACAACAUGGCUGGACAAACGCCUCAUGCUGCUUAUAUGUCAUCCUUCAAUUCUCCUCCAGUUCAAUCGUCUCAUAUGCAGUUCCAAGGUGUCUUCCACUCGCCACAGCCUGGUCCAAUGGCGAAUCCACACCAUAUGGGGUCUGGACUGGGUGGUAACGUUGGGCUCGGGGUUGCUCCAUCUCCUUCUCCAGUUCAAGUCGGUGCCUAUCAGCAACCACAGCUUGGUCAUCUUAACUGGCCAGCAAGCUUCUGAACAAAAUCUAACAUGUUUAUUUGAUGAAUGAAUCAUAACAACAACUCAAAGAAAUAUUAUCUUGUUAAACUAUGCUUAUUUAUUUUAUUCAAUGCAUAAAUGUCUCAGUU